GGUAAACCCCUAAACUAAACCCUAGACCCGUCACACUGGCAACCAACGGCCAACAACGGAGGCCCGAUUUGUGGAGUGGAGUCGACGGACGGAACAGAAGAAGCUGACGGCGAUGGAGAAGACGAAGAAGAAAAGAGUCGCCGGGGAAGCUAUGGAGGAGGAACAGAAAAAUAAGGCGGCCAAACAUAAAAAUAACGGCGCCGUUUUCGCUUCUUGCUCUUUCUCCACCCUCGGCCUUCACCCCACCCUAUGCGAUCAGCUCCGAGAGAGAAUGGGCUUCGAAGUUCCGACCCUCGUCCAGGCUCAGGCCAUUCCUGUGAUCCUCUCCGGUCGUCACGUUCUUGUUAAUGCGGCUACGGGGACGGGCAAAACUGUCGCAUAUCUAGCUCCAAUUAUCCACCAUUUGCACAAGUAUGAUCCUCGAAUUAAGCGCUCCGAUGGGACUUUUGCGUUGGUUCUUGUACCAACGCAUGAGCUAUGUAUGCAGGUGUAUGAGAUCUUGCAAAAGUUACUGCACCGUUUUCAUUGGAUUGUCCCAGGGUAUAUAAUGGGUGGUGAAAAUAGAUCAAAAGAAAAGGCAAGGUUGCGCAAAGGCAUAUCUAUUCUUGUUGCAACUCCUGGACGCCUUCUGGAUCAUCUGAAAAAUACAUCAUCAUUCUUGUAUAAAAAUCUGCGAUGGAUAAUCUUUGAUGAAGCAGAUCGGAUUCUUGAACUGGGAUAUGGUAAAGACAUAGAGGAUCUUCUUGAUCUCUUGGGUUCUAGGAAGACCAGGUCUGUAAGCAACGAGGUUGCAAUUUCAAAGAUUCCCAAGUUUCAGAGGCAGAAUUUACUUUUGUCGGCUACCCUAAAUGAAAAAGUAAAUAUGCUUGCUAAAAUAAGUUUAGAAAAUCCAGUUAUGAUUGGCCUUGAUGACAAGAAGUUUCAUAUGAAUCCGUCUCUUGAACAUUUCGAAGCUUUAGGAUCUAAUGCAGAUAAUGGAGUAGAGCACUCUAGAAGUAUAAGUUCUUCCAAUGGAGACUAUAUGCUUCCAGCUCAAUUAGUUCAGAGAUAUGUUAAAGUAUCCUGUGGUUCACGGCUUGCAGUUCUUCUAUCAAUUCUGAAGGCUCUUUUUGAUACAGAAACUUCCCAUAAGACUGUGGUAUUCUUUUCAACAUGCGAUGCAGUGGAUUUUCAUUACUUACUAUUCAGCAAAUUCAAGUGGCUACCCAAUAAGCAGUCAGAAAUAGAACUCCAAGAGCUAUUUGUGAAAUGCAAAACUUUAAGGUUACAUGGAAGCAUGAAGCAUGAGGACCGUAGGAAUGUAUUCCAGGCUUUCAAAACAGAGAAAUCUGCUCUUCUUUUGUCCACUGAUGUUGCUGCCAGAGGCUUGGAUUUUCCAAAAGUUAGAUAUAUCAUACAGUAUGAUUCUCCAGGGGAGGCUACUGAAUAUGUGCACAGGGUUGGUAGAACUGCUCGCUUGGGUGAAAGGGGUGAAUCAUUGUUAUUUCUGCAACCAGUUGAAAUAGAUUAUUUGCAAGACCUACAGAAACACGGCGUGUCACUAACGGAGUAUCCCCUUUUGAAAGUGUUGGAUAGUUUUCCAUUGUAUGGUCAGAAGCACACUAUCAAGAAGUUUGUUGCAUUUGAGAUGCAUCCCUGGGUGCUCGCUUUGCAGAAGGCACUUGAAUCUUUGGUCCUGGCAGAGCCACAUAUGAGGAAGUCGGCCAAGGCGGCAUUUUGUUCUUGGGUCCGUGCAUACACUGCCCAUCGUGGUGAGCUGAAGAGGAUUUUUAUGGUGAAAAAACUUCACCUGGGGCAUGUUGCCAGAAGUUUUGCAUUAAAAGAACAACCCUCAUUGGUUGGCAAAUCAUUUCAAAAGCAUGCAAAGAAGAGGAAGAGGGUUCAAACAAAGAGUGGGGAUGGUAGUAACUCGAGAAUUCAGAUGACACAGUAGGUACUCACCAUCAAAUCCAGAGGACUGCACAUAUUUCAGGUUCUCACGCCAUACAACACCGGUUUUGUAUCUCAACAUGUUACAGGCCUAUCUGCAAAUUUUCUGCCUUGUAGGGAUCCAGUUUUCUUCAUAUUGGAUUGAAUCCGAACGGUCGGGCAAUGUAAUUUUGACUCUGAAUUUUUGUGAUUCAGAUUAUGAUUAAAUGCUCAUGGGAAUAUACUGUGAAAUUUUGUACCCUCAAUGGCGGCGGUUUAGUGGGUACUGUACUCCAUCAACUUAUACUCUGGCAGUGAGGUUAAAUGGAGGAUAUUUAACA